AGCGUGAACGCGCUCAAUCAACGAGCACAUCCUCCUCAGCGCGUCCGCUCCUGCAGCCUCUGUCUCUGGGUCACUUCUCUGUUAAAGACCCUCCACCAGCCGCUUUGACGUCAACGGAACAAAACACCAAACUUACACAAACACUUUCUCCCUUCUUUAUUUUUAAUAAGCGUCCAUCAGUGCGGUAGGAGGAGCAGGAGGAAGUUGCGCGUGUGUGAUGGGUUAACGGCGGAAGGCCUCACCUGUCGUGCGCGUCACCCGCGGUACUGCCGUCAUCCCAGAGGAGCAGCCGUCGCCACUCGCCGCCGCCAGACGCGCCUCCCCGGCUCGGUCACAUUCUCCCGCCCCGCUACUCCACCACCACCACCACCACCCUCAGCCAGAGGAAGACCGGAGGAACAAGAGCGCAACACGGGGGAACCAUGAAGGACCGCAUGCAAGAACUUCGACACGGAAAGGAGACGACAGAGGAGGAGGAUGAAGUCACUGUGGGAAUGGAGAAAGGCUUUAUGGACGAAUUCUUUGAACAGGUGGAAGAAAUCCGGGGUUUUAUCGAGUCCCUGGCAGAGAAGGUUGAAGAGGUUAAGAGGAAGCACAGCGCCAUCCUCGCCUCACCUAACCCAGAUGAGAAAACUAAGGCUGAGCUGGAGGAUUUAAUGGCUGACAUCAAGAAGUUGGCCAACAAAGUACGAUCCAAAUUAAAGAGUAUCCAGCAAACCAUCGAGCAAGAGGAAGGACAGAACAGGUCGUCAGCUGACCUGAGGAUACGUAAAACGCAGCACUCCACACUGUCCCGCAAGUUUGUCGAGGUGAUGUCAGAAUACAACACCACGCAGUCGGACUACAGGGAGCGCUGCAAGGGACGCAUCCAGAGGCAGCUGGAGAUCACCGGGAGAAAUACAACCAAUGAGGAGUUGGAGAGCAUGUUGGAGAGUGACAACCCAGCUAUCUUCACUUCAGGGAUCAUUAUGGACAACAUCACCCAGCAAGCGAUGAACGAGAUCGAGACGCGGCACAAUGAGAUCAUCAAGCUGGAAAACAGUAUUAGAGAGCUCCACGACAUGUUCAUGGAUAUGGCCAUGCUGGUGGAGAGUCAGGGGGAAAUGAUAGACCGCAUAGAGUACAAUGUGGAGCACUCAGUAGACUAUGUGGAGAGGGCAGUAUCAGACACUAAGAAGGCGGUAAAAUACCAGAGUAAAGCGCGGAGGAAGAAAAUCAUGAUUCUUAUAUGCUGUGUGGUUCUUGGGAUUGUCAUUGCUUCCAUCAUCGGGGGAACGUUGGCCUAACCCUCAGCCCCGGUUACACAUGCACACACAGAGAGAAAACAGCAGAUCUACAAUUUCUGUUUUCCUGAAUGCAAUCUACAACACGUUUAGCACAAGGUGCGGAGCCUGCUGUACGAUAAACACAUUUUCACAUCAGUGUACAGGGCCAGAGAUGUUUUCGCAUGAGUUGCUAUUUUGUAAAUGUGCGGUGCUGCGAACUGUUUAUCUGGGUGUUUUGUGUUGUCAAAGAUAUGAUGUUUCCAAAAGUGGAUUCUUGAAUGGAACAAGUUACUAAACGCUACAUAUCGCUAUACUAAUACAUUCCAACUUCCAAAUAUUCAGUUGAAAUGUCUACUUCGUGCUGUUCAGGCAAAGUAUCAGGCCACUUAUCAGCAGUGUUUUCAAAGCCACGUUAUCUAUAGAUCUGUUUCUUUUCACGUGUUAAUUUUCUUUACUCUAUGUCUUGAAUGCCCCCCAGCACCCUUCAAAAAGCCCUGCAUGUUUUAGUUCAGUGUAAAACACCGCUUUUGUAUUCUGUUGUGAAAAGAGGAAGGGGACAGUCGUACUGAUGUGGGAUUAUUUUGCUCGUAGAAUCAUCAUCACACUGCCAAACGUAUUCAGACGUCAUCGGGCCUUCCCAGUCGUGCAGCCUCUCUGACUGUGGCUCCGGCGUGAGUGACUGUGUGUAUGCAUGCAUCAAGUGAGAGGUGAUGCGCGUGUUUGUUUGUUUGUAGCUGAACGUGCAGAGUGUGAGUCACAGGAUGAGAACGUGAGUUGUUUUGUAUAAA